AUGCGUUUGUUUCCUGCCUUCCUGACCCUCGCCGCCAUUGGCAGCGCCGCCGCCGCUCCCGGUGCUCUCCAGGCGAGAGAGGACCGCGUCGAGGUUGAUGUUUGCACAGGCGUCAACUUGGCGGGCUGCAUCAAUGUUCCCGUCUGGACUCAGCAUGAUUGCCACAACUUGAACGGCAGUCCCGUCAUGGACAAUGUCCACUCGGUUAGAAUCCCUAAUGGAUACCGUUGCCGCUUCUGGGACUCGACUACUUGCAAUGGCGGUGGUACAGGCGAUAUCCAAGCGCCGGGCAGCAAUAACAUCAACGGGGGCAACUUGAGCUCUAUCAAGUGCUACAAGAACGCUAAAUAA